AAACUCAAAGAGCCAUCUUCUACUUGUUCCAUUCAACAAGUUUAUACACUUAAAAGCUUCGUAGAACUCAAAAUCCUUCAAUUCAUCGUUAAUCUCAACAACAACAAUGGCGGGAAUAGCUUUACUUAUGGAUCUACUGAAAAAAAAUCCCAGCGUCAACGGCCAAACCCUACAUUCCACCGGCUUAUACUCCGCCACUCUUGCUGCCUCCUCCGCCGCUGCUUACGUCACCUCCGCCACCCCUUUUGCCUCUAGGGCUUUAUUCGGUUUUGGUGGAAAAAGAUUUGCAUAUUGCGACGCUGGCGCUACCCCGCCUCUUUUGACUGAAGAUUACCUUUCUAGUUUAAGGACUGCAUCUGAAACAAUCUUUAGGCACGAUACGCUGAACUACAGGACAAAAGAAUAUUACAUUGAGCUAAAGCCGUUGUUUUCCGCUUUCCAGCCGAAAUCCUUUGCGUUAACAUCGUUGAGGUCUUUCUUAUUGUUUUAUUUGCCCAUUUUGGUACCGAAAGUAGAAGACGACGAUAAUGAUUUCUUACCGGAUUCUUCUGAUGACCAUCAUGUUGACUUGGUUGUACCUUUCAAGCGAUCAGUAAAGCAAAUUCUUCGUGAAACUAGUAUGGUUACUACUAGACGUGUUCUAGAACGACUUGCCGUUCACCGUUUUUCACAGCGUGCUGCAUGGAAGCUUCUUAAAGAUGUCCCAAAGUCUGCCAUGCGCAAAGCUAGCAGGGGAAUGCCGAUUCAUACUUACUUCUUUUGUGUCAGCAGAACAACGUUUAGAGGUCACUUUUUAGGAGUUGCAGCAUCAUGGCUUGUUCAAGUUGGGGUUGAAUGUUACCGUUUUGCUCGUGACGUUUUCAAAUCUAACCAAGAGGAAGCUGUUGACGUUGACUUUGACCAAUCGGAACGAGUCAAAGUUCUCGGGAAAAAGGUGUAUGGUGUUACGGUUAGGUGCGGUGCAUCACUAGUGUUUGCGUCCAUAGGAGCCGGGAUCGGUGCAACCCUUUUCCGCCCAUCAUCUGGCCAAUCAGUUGGGUGUCUACUUGGUGACAUGGCUGGGCCAAUCAUCGUGUCGUUUUGCUUUUCCAACGUAGGGCAUUUGGAACUUUAGAGCGAUCGCUUUGGUUCUGUGGUUAACGUUGUCAAAUUGUUUACAACAAAGGUUGUAAUUGUAAUGAAUACCGUUGAACGAUAGGAAUCUGCAUUGGUGGUUACGUUUUUUAGCAUAAUUAUGCUCCAGCAACCGUUGUAACAAAUUUUUUUUUCCUGAAGGCGUAACCUUCGAAAUAAAAAUAUGCAUUUUGAUAUU